GAGGGCGUGUAGAAAGGACAAACAAAUAUGCACUUUGUCUCCUCUUCUCCAAUUGAUUUGCACCCUUUUUAAACCCCUCCAUCAAUGUGGUCCUUAAACUCGAACCGGGUUAAUCAAAUGAACCCAAAUACCCCACUAUUGCCUAUGGCCUGGACUGACUCAAACGAAACUUCUCAUAUCCACCCAAGAACUCAUCUCUGGCACUUAUCAUUCUAUUGGGGCAGAAAUACUGUCUUUCUUUUCCCAAAUUGGCCUGGAAAUAGCAGAGGAAUGUACGGGUUGGGUUUGAUUUUUGUCUUCGUUUUGGCUAUUCUUGUUGAGUUCUUCUCAAAUCUGAAGUUGGUUAAACCCGGAUCGAACCGGGCUGCAGCGAUUUUCUUCCAGGCCGGAGUACAAGCGGUUCGAGCCGGUUUUGCUUAUAUGGUUAUGCUUGCUGUCAUGUCUUACAAUGGAGGAGUUUUUAUUGCCGCCAUUUUGGGACAUGCGAUUUCAGGUUUUUUCUGGUGGCUGUUGCUGGUCAUGCAGCAGGAAGAUUUGUUUGUAAGGUUUAUCAAUUUCAUACAGAUCAAGAAAUGAGCACUGAAUCACCAUCUGAGUUGGUAAACAAAGUAUGAAUGGUCAGUGGUCGGACAAGAUUUUCAUUAAGAAGUCCAGUGAAUUCAACAUAUUAAACCAUUAUGCUAUUCUUAUAUAUAUGUAUAUGUUGUAAUUUUUUAUCAAGAAAGUUUGAAUAAACCCUUUGCUCUCA